AUGAGUGCCACCAGAUUGGAUCGUCUCGUAACGCUUCUCGAGACUGGCAGCACAGCAUUAAUCCGAAACACAGCAGCCGACCAGCUAGCCGACGUCCAAAAACAACAUCCCGAUGAACUUUUUAAUCUUCUUACUCGAGUCAUUCCCUAUCUGCGAUCAAAAAGCUGGGAAACUCGAGUUGCUGCUGCCAAGGCCAUAGGAGGCAUCGCCGCCAAUGCCGAAAAGUUUGACCCCAACGCCGAGGAUCCCGAUGAGUCUGUCAAACCGGAAGACCAGUCAGAGUCUAAUGGGAAUGUCAAGCCUGAAGACAGCAACGGUGCACUCGUCAAGAAAGAGGAGAAUGGCGACAGCACUCUGCCACCUCUUACCGACGGGCUGGAUCUUGCUACCCUUGACUUGCCCUCCAUCCUCAAGUUCGGCAAAGUCCUUGCCUCCCUCGGAACAAAGGAGCAUGACUACAAGCUCGCAGCCAUGGAUCCUGCUGAACGAUUGGAGUACCAGAAGAGCACCCUUCUCAAGCGUCUUGGCUUUGAAGGCGCAUGGGUUGAGGACCUAACACCACCUCAAGAGAUGAUGCCGCAAACACCCGCCCCCAAGACGCCUGCCAUGCAUCGCAUAGACACUAAUAUCUCGCGAUCGGAUAGCAUCAACACUGCUGGAUCCCCUACUGCGGGUACGCCUGAUGGCAAAGGACUCAGUAAACGUCAGCAAAACGCUCUAAGGCGCAAGAACAAGAGGCAGGCUGCUGGAGGUGCCAACAAAGUCCAAGUCGUCGACUUCAACUCAAAUUCACGAAAAGACUCGCAAGCAGAACUUGUCGAGACUCCUGCACGCCCACAUCCCGUGGCUCUGAAAUUUGAAAAGUCAGAAAACGGAGACGAGGAUGAGCCCAUGAAUGACUAUUUCUCGCUCGAACGCAACGGUGGGGACGACGAUGCGAAGUUUGUAAAAGAGUUCAAGGGUGCACCAGUAGCAGAGAAGUCAUCUUUUCAGACCGAGGCUGAAGAGUCUGGAUUGGAGUGGCCGUUCGAGCGUGUAUGCGCAUAUCUCGCUGUCGAAUUGUUUGACUACACUUGGGAGGUACGUCAUGGUGCAGCCAUGGGUCUUCGAGAGAUUCUUCGCAUCCAUGGCGGUGGUGCUGGCAGACGGAAAGGCCUCAGUCGGACUGAGAACGAUCGGCUUAAUCAGCGAUGGUUGAAUGAUCUAGCAUGUCGUAUGAUCUGCAUCUUCAUGCUCGAUCGCUUUGCAGACUUUACUGGCGAUAAUGCCAUCGCGCCCAUACGCGAGACCGCUGGACAAGCCCUUGGUUCGUUACUGCAAUACAUGUCUCGCGACAACGUCCUUGCAACAUUCCAGGUCCUCAACCGCCUAAUCAUCAACCACAACCUUCCCCUCGAUACCAACCCUCUAAGCGCACCCUGGGCUCUAUGUCAAGGUGGCAUGAUCGGUUUACGGUACCUUGUCGCCGUAAGAAAUGACCUACUUCUCGAAGACGGCACAUUACUGGAUGGAGUUCUUGCUGCAGUUAUCAGCGGUUUGAGCAACUCUGAUGACGAUGUCCGAGCGAUCAGUGCAGCGACCCUUAUUCCUGUCGCGAAGGAGUUCAUCGAGAUGCGCCCCAAGGCACUCGAAGGGCUGAUGAAUGUAGUCUGGUCUUGUCUCUCCAGCUUACAGGAUGAUCUGAGUGCCAGUACUGGGUUCAUCAUGGAUUUGCUGGCCAAGCUCUGCGGCUUUCCUCAAGUUUUGGAAGCCAUGCAAGCCAACGCACGACAGGACCCCACCCAAUCAUUCCACGAACUGGUGCCUCGACUCUUUCCAUUCUUACGACAUACCAUCACCAGUGUUCGUGCGGCGGUGCUGCGUGCGCUGAUCACUUUCCUCAACAUCCAGAGCGGAGGUGCAGACAGCUGGGUUGAUAGCAAGGCACUGCAGCUCGUAUUCCAGAACAUUCUGCUCGAACGCAACGAAGGCGUAUUGAAGCUCUCCCUCCAGCUUUGGAACGCCAUUGUGGAGACCCUGGGUAGUCAGCUGGCCGUUCAUAUGGAGCCUAUAUUGGAUGCUGUCAUUCCCCUCACUCUAACGCCUAUUGGAGUUUCUCGCCAUCCGAUAUCGCUGAAUAAGUCACUACUCAUCAAACCUUCUGGACAAGCUAUGGGUCCACCACCAGAUUCUGAGCCGAGUCGUAAGUCAUCUCCGCCAGAUGGCGGCGAGCCGGCGAGGAAGAGGAAGAAGUCUCGUCACGGAAAAGACGACAUGUCAACACCUACUCCAGCCUUGCAGUCUCACAACGUCGAUGGACACAUGAUAACUGGUGAUCUCGAACUCAUCGGAGCGGACGUGAUGAUCCGUUCCAGGACCUCUGCCGCACAGGCUCUUGGUAAAGCAAUGGGAGCUUGGCCCGAAGAGUUGAGACUUGAGACCUUCAGGUCUAGACUACUGAAGCACAUGUCUUCCCCUAACUCUUCAACCCAAUUGACAGCCGCAAUCAUCAUUGAAGAGUUCGGAAAGAACCUGGCAACCAAGGAUGCCUUGGCCGAAUCAUUCGUUCAGGCCUUGCUGCCUAUCGUCGAGGGCGAAAGGCCAGCUGCCUACGAGGACUUGGUACCGAAGCUGCAGAUUGUUCGAACGCAGUGCCACUCUUUACUGAGCAUCUUCCACGAAGCACAUGUACAAAAUCUCCCCACGAUCGCUGCUCUUGUUCAGGGCAUGCCGAAUGCAAACCACUAUGCUUUCGGCGUCGCAGAUGCCGAAAAGCUGCUUAAUGUACAGUAUGAGAAACUCAAGAAGGGAAUGACGCCGUCAGCCCGCAUGGUCGCUGGAACGAACCUGGAAACAGCGCGCAAGGAGGUAGAAUCGAGUAUCCAAGAAGCCAAGGACAUCAAGGAAGAGCGCGAUGUACGUAUCAAGGCCGCUGCGGCCGGUGCACUAGUGGCGCUUAACUCCCCCCCGAAGAAGCCAUCGCCGCCUAUCAAGGCUAUGAUGGAUAGCGUUAAGAAGGAAGAGAACGUUGAACUACAGAGACGCUCCGCUGCUGCCGUCGCCGGCUACAUUGUCUUCUUGGUCAACGCCAAGAGAUCUGGCGUAGUUAACAAAGUCGUUGGAAAUCUGGUCAAGUUCUACUGCAUGGAGACAGCCGAAACACCCGAGUUUGCCGGACAAUCACACAUCGAAACAGGCAUCCUCACUCUCAAGAAGGAUGAAGAUGUACGCGACCACCCGGAUGCUGCUCGUUUCGCCGAAGAGUCGCGAGCUGCUAGGAUCACGAAGCGCGGUGCUCGAGAAGGUCUGGAGAAAGUCGUCGAGAGUUUCGGCGCUGAGAUCUUCGACAAGGUCCCUAUCUUGAAGGAUCUGAUCGAACGACCAAUCAAGGAUGCUUUUACUGAGGCCACACUUCCAGCGCACAUCUUCAAUGAAGAUGGUGUCUUUGGCCAAGAAGUCGUUGAUGCUUUGUCGACUCUACGUGCCCUGGUCGGCAGCUUCCACCCGAGUGUGAGGGGCUUUGUCAAGGAUCUGCUUCCACUCAUUGCCAAGGCUCUCCAAAGCAAGCUUUACGUCUUGCGGUAUGCAGCUGCCAAGUGCUUUGCCACCAUCUGCAGCGUCAUGUCUGUCGAAGGUGUCACGAUGCUUGUCGAGAGCGUGCUACCAACCAUCAGCGACGGUGGAAACGUGCAUGGCCGUCAAGGAGCCAUCGAGUGCAUCUAUCAUCUCAUCCAUGUCAUGGAAGAUGCGAUCCUGCCAUACGUCAUCUUCCUCAUUACUCCUGUUCUUGGUCGUAUGAGCGAUUCAGACAACGAUGUCCGGUUACUGGCUACAACCAGCUUUGCCACGCUCGUCAAGCUCGUACCGCUUGAGUCAGGUAUUCCCGAUCCACCCGGUCUUCCGGACUCUCUUCUCAAGGGCCGAGACCGAGAGCGCAAGUUUGUCGCUCAAAUGCUCGAUGCGAAGAAGGUGGAGCCUUUCGAGAUUCCUGUCGGUAUCAAAGCGACGCUCCGUUCAUACCAACAAGAAGGUGUCAACUGGCUGGCCUUCCUCAACCGAUAUAACCUUCAUGGUAUUCUUUGUGACGACAUGGGUCUCGGAAAAACGUUGCAAACGCUAUGUAUGGUGGCCAGUGAUCACCACAUCCGUGCAGAUGAGUUCGCCAAGACUGGCGAUCCAAACUUCCGACGCCUACCAUCUCUCAUCGUAUGUCCGCCUACGCUAUCAGGUCAUUGGCAGCAAGAAAUCCGGCAAUAUGCACCCUUCCUUAGCUGUGUAGCCUACGUCGGCUCGCCGCCCAUUCGUGGUCAACAUAGGAACCAGCUCGACAAGGUGGAUAUUGUCAUUACUUCGUAUGAUAUCUGCAGGAAUGACGCAGAUAUUCUUAAGCCUAUCAACUGGAACUACUGCGUACUUGACGAAGGUCAUCUGAUCAAGAACUCCAAAUCGAAGACCAGCCAGGCUGUCAAGCAAUUCCAGUCGAAUCACCGCCUUAUCCUCUCGGGUACGCCCAUUCAAAACAACGUGCUUGAGCUGUGGUCACUCUUCGACUUCCUCAUGCCCGGCUUCCUUGGUACGGAGAAGGUUUUCCAGGAACGUUUCGCGAAGCCCAUUGCUGCCUCCCGGUUUGCUAAGAGUUCGUCGAAGGAGCAAGAACGGGGUGCGCUGGCGAUCGAGGCUCUACACAAGCAGGUGCUUCCCUUCCUUCUUCGUCGUCUCAAGGAAGAAGUGCUGGACGACCUGCCACCCAAGAUUCUGCAGAACUACUACUGUGAUCUGUCUGAGUUGCAGCGCAAUCUUUUCGACGAUUUCACUAAGCGUCAAGGCAAGGAGAUUCAGUCCAAGGCCGGUAAUGCUGACCGCGAGAGCAAGCAACACAUCUUCCAGGCUCUACAGUACAUGAAGAAGCUAUGUAACUCACCUUCACUUGUGGUCAAGGGCCCCACCAACAAGGCCUAUGAGCCUACACAGCAAUAUCUCAAGAAGCACAACACCACAAUCGACGACAUCAUGCAUGCACCCAAGCUCGGCGCUCUCAAGGAUCUGCUUGUCGACUGCGGUAUCGGUGCAUCCGACGUUGUGAGCGAUAAGUCCGCCGCCGCUAAUGGCGAUCUCCCCGAGGCUGUUUCUCAGCAUCGUGCCCUUGUCUUCUGCCAAAUGAAGGAGAUGCUUGAUAUGGUCCAGCACAACGUGCUCGAGAAGCUACUUCCAUCCGUGCAAUUCAUGCGUCUUGAUGGUGGUGUCGAAGCUACCAAGCGCCAGGAAAUUGUCAACAAGUUCAACACCGAUCCCUCGUACGACGUCUUGCUCCUGACAACCAGCGUCGGUGGUCUGGGUCUCAACUUGACCGGUGCCGAUACCGUCAUCUUCGUUGAGCACGAUUGGAACCCGCAGAAAGACAUCCAAGCUAUGGACCGCGCGCAUCGUAUUGGACAGAAGAAGGUCGUCAAUGUGUACCGGAUUGUGACGCGUGGUACCUUGGAAGAGAAGAUCUUGAAUCUCCAACGCUUCAAGAUCGACAUCGCUUCGACUGUCGUGAACCAACAAAACGCCGGUCUCCAAUCCAUGCAAACGGAUCAGAUUCUUGACCUCUUCAAUGUCUCCGCCGACUCGAACGAUCCUGCCGCACUGCCAGCACCACCCAGCAACGCCAAAGACGACCGCACGGGCAUCGAUGAGAAUGAUGCUGUGGACGCCACGGGUGCGCUGAGAGAGAAGGGCAAGAAGGGCUUCCUGGAUGAACUCGGAGACCUUUGGGACGAGAAGCAGUACGAAGAGGAGUUUGACCUCGAUGGCUUCCUUGGGAAGAUGAAGACUUGA